AUGGCCACAGACGUCAAAGAUGUCGUUGAUGAUGUCGCUGAGGGGGACUGCUGCAAAGGCAGCUGCGCCUGGCCCGGCAAAGCAGAUGUCUCCCAGCCCGUCACAACCUGCGACAAGAACGACCAGCCGAUCACCGACAUCGACGCCAAGUCUGGCUGCGAUGGCGGAGAUGCGUAUAUGUGCUCGUCCCAGAGCCCGUGGGUGGUCAGUGAUAGUCUUGCGUAUGGCUUCGCGGCUGUGAGCGCGCCGGGUGGGAGUGAGAGUAGUAUUUGUUGUGCUUGUUAUGAGCUCACGUUCACUUCUACGUCCAUUGCGGGCAAGAAGAUGAUCGUCCAAGCAACCAACACUGGCUCGGACGUGGGCGAGGGACAGUUCGAUCUGGCGAUGCCGGGUGGUGGUGUUGGACAGUUCAACGGCUGUGAUACUGAAUGGGGUGCCCCAAGCGGUGGAUGGGGACAGCAGUAUGGUGGCAUCUCAAGCAACAGCUGCUCCAGCUUCCCAACGGCUCUGCAGCCGGGCUGCAACUUCCGCUUCGGCGACUGGUUCGAGGGCGCGGAUAACCCGACGGUGGAUUAUAAGCAGGUUACUUGCCCGACUGAGUUGACGGCGAAGACGGGGUGUGUUAGGACCGAUGAUUAA